AUGGCGUCAACUAGGAGGGAUAAACAGAGCCAGGUUGUUCAGAACUUCUUUCUGAAGGCGGCUAAUGUCAUCACACAAGCUCGUUCGUCUUUAGAAGACAAUACUAAUAGCAUGAGCUCUUCAAAGCUCAACAAAUGGUUCAACUUAGAUAUGUAUGACACCUCAAGAGAUGAUUUGAAACAAUGGAAGUCUUUCAACGGGAAAACCGCUUCUCCUAUAGUGAUUGAAACAUACUUAGAUUUAAGAGAUAUAAACUUGAACCAGUCUUUAACUUUGAAGGAUGAUCAUGGUGACACUUGGAAUAUAAAUACAAAGAAGACAGAAGUUGUUUUGGAAAGAUGGCUGAUAGAGUUAGACACGACUACAUAUGAUGAUGUUAAUUCAGAAUUGCCCCUACUUUAUAAGAAACUCAUUCUAACAUUCAGAUACCUUUAUACAAUUACAAAGCUUCUUCCAACAUAUAGGCUACUGAAAAGACUUUUAAAAAUUAAGCUAACAAAAACCCCCUUGAAAAUUGGAACAAGAAUACUAGACGGCUAUAAACCUAUUGUAUCAAAGGGAAGAAUAGGUUUGAGCAAACCCAUUGUUGCUAACAUAGAUGAUCAUUUGGUACAAAAGACUAUAAGUCCUGUCUCAACUACAAUCGGAACUCUCAAGAUCUCAGUCUCAUACAGAAAACAUACAGAUUUUCAACUAAGUGAUAAUGAGGAGACGCUCUCUAAUCAUUUUUUGAAUAUUGAUAAGACAAAAACAGCAUCCGUUCCUUUAAGAAAAGCCUUCAAAGCUGGUACAGCAUCACCACCAAAUAGCUCACCAUUGGGAAGAAACAAUUCAACUGCAUCUCUGGCGCAAGUUUUACGAAAUCAAAGAUCUGGAUCAAAUAGUGGGCCAUGUACGUCAGUCCCAAAGUCAAUUACUUCAUCAAUUGGUUCAAUCUAUGGCAUACCAGUUCCUAACUCCAAUGACCUUAGUUCAAGUGGAAGUACUCCCAAAUAUUCAUCGUCUUUUGGAAAAAUCACACGUCGUUCAAGUAUUAGAAGAUCUUCAAGUAAUGAUCGUGGUACUCCGUCGAGUCUUGAAAGAGGAACGCCUUCAAGUUUCAGAAAUCCUUCAAGUGGAAUUUAUGUGGAUGACGAUCUUAAUGAUUUUGUCAAGCUCAUUGAUAGUAAGCCAGAUUUGAGAUUGAAAUAUUCCCCAAAUAUUCAAGAUUCUUUAGGUAAGUUUCAAUCCAUGAAAUCUAGAAAUGAUAUGCUAGGCGAGAGUCUGUCUGCUAGCGUGUUUUCAAAGUCCUCAUCUCCUCCACCUCAGAUGUCAAGUUAUGCUGCUCCUAAUUUUCAAGGAAGAAAUAUGUCAGUUUCACCAAAGUCUAAUUCACAAUAUCUCCCUGCUAUCCCUUCCAGAUUACUAGAAGGGAAUAGUAGUAACGAAUCAUUGAGUCAUGGGUUAAGAGAAACUAGAAGUAACUCCACAAAUGUUUCAAGAAUAGGUUCAAGUUCGCCUGCAUCAAUUUUGAGAAGAUCAAACAAAAGCUUUAGUAUAGGACCUUCAAAUCCAACCAUUGCAGCCACCGCUACCCAUGCCAAAAUGCAUAAAACAAGUACGUCAAUUGAUUCAUUCACUGGAAAGGGAAAGCCAGGAACCUCUACAAAUGAACUCAAACAAGAUGAUGAAGAUGAUGAUGACCUGCUAUUUGCCAUGAGUGACAUGAAUCUACCAAAACAAUAA